CGCGGAGACCAGCGUGCUCCGUGAUUGGGUGAUGCGAAGUCACGAGGCUAGGAAGGGAAAAGAAGAGAAACAGAUUGAGUUGUGCAGUGUGAGUCUGAGCUUCGUCAAAAUGAGUGAAUCUUUAGUUGUGUGUGAGGUGGAUACAGACCUGGUUAAAAAGCUGAGGGAGUUUCGCUUCAGGAAGGAGACUAGCAAUGCUGCCAUUAUCAUGAAGAUCGAUAAAGAUCGACAGCUGGUGGUCUUGGAUGAGGAGUAUGAAGACAUUUCUCCUGAUGAGCUGAAGGACGAACUGCCUGAGAGACAGCCCAGAUUUGUAGUGUACAGUUAUAAAUACCAGCAUGAUGAUGGCCGAGUGUCAUAUCCCCUCUGCUUCAUUUUCUCCAGCCCAGUUGGCUGUAAACCAGAGCAGCAGAUGAUGUAUGCUGGAAGCAAAAACAAACUGGUGCAGACUGUGGAACUGACCAAGGUGUUUGAGAUCAGGAACACAGAGGAUCUAACGGAGGAGUGGCUGAGGGAGAAACUCGGCUUUUUCCGUUAAAAACCAUUCAGUCACAGCAUCGAUGAACACAAGGUUGUACUCCACCUACAAGAGGAGACCAUCGUCCAAUUAACACUAACCUCUGUAUGUAUGUGUGUUUGUUUGUGUGUGUGCGUGCGUGCCUGCGUAAGUGUGUUUAAAGAAUGCUACAGAGAUAACAGACGCUAAUCCUGACCAGACUUCCACAUGUCACAGAAACACCUUUAAUUUUUUUCUUCUUUUUUUAAACAGAAAAUCUUGUAGUCUUAGUUGGAAAUAAAACACUGCCAUCCACGACCUAACAGAGCCUUCCACUUGCGCUGCUGUGUUCGACUCAAUCACCAUUAACCACUGCUGAAGAAAUAAGGCCGUGUCCCAAACGCUGGUGUUUGGCACCAUAGUGCUAAUUACACUUAAUCUCUAACCUGCAGACUGACAUUAGAAUCUUUAUUAGCAGGGCAUCGUGGGUAAUACAUACCAAGAAUACACACUAUUUGCACUCCAACAGCAGAUAACCACCAUCAAGGAACAAUAUGCGAGUUUGGGAUAUUGUAGUAAGAACACCAUAUAGUGCUGAACUCUAGUGACUGGAACAGAUCCUCUCUUGUAAAUAUUUUUCAAUAAUUGGGGCACAUCUCAAAAAUUAAGACACUAAAGGAACAGACCGAGACAGGAAAUCAGAAUUCAGGAAACUAGGGAACAUUUAAGAACUAGGGCAUUUGGUUAAAUUAGGGAACAUAUGAGAUAUAAUGAAUAUGCAAAAAAGAAUGCAUUGUAUAUCUGUGGGCUCAAAUUUCCAACAGAUCCCAAAGUGUUUUACAAUUCUUCCCUUCUGUCAGUGUCCUUUAAAUCAGAAAAGUAGAUUAAAGCACAUCCUGGUGGUUAGUGAGAGAUGUCCAACGUAAUUUCACUUCAGACUCUUGAUAUCCAUUCCAGCGUCACUGCGUUCCUGCGUGUGAUCUGUUCUUACGUACAGUUCUGGGUAACACAAACAUGAACUCAAAAAAACAGGAAGUCUUAUUAGAACAGAGCCUGUGCUCUGUAGGAUUUGGGACAGAGUCGAGAUUAGAUGUAGUGUGUUGGUGAAAAAUCUGAUCAGAUUGAUUCACUACAUUCCAGAUAAAUCACAUGUACUGCCAUAAGAUGGUCAUGUGGUUAUAGCACAGUUAUACCACAAAUUAUAAUCUCCUGAUGUACACAUCAUCCUCUUCUCUCUCUCUGUCUCUCUCUCUCUCACACACACACUUUCAUUUCCUACUUUAUUGUCUACUACGAUUAGUCAAAUAUUCUUUUCUACAUUCUAAUAAAGCACACGAUGUCAGUUGUAUAACCUGUGAAUGUGAUCAUUAUAAACAAAUGUGUGUUUCUUACCUUCCAGAUAAACAUAAUAAGAAUUCAGUAUUUUGGAUUCGAAAUGUUUGUGAUCAGUAGACUAUUUCUGGGGGUUUUUUUGGCCUGUAAUGUGUAUGUUGGAUAUUUGUAUUUUUCCAUGGUUUCUACGCUGUAUUCACUGUUCCCAAUAAAACUCCAGUUCAUGUCACAA